AUGUCGGUGGCGUUUUCAUCGGUGCGCCCCAGGAGUAAAGGGGAGGUGACACAGCAGACAAUUCAAAAGAUGCUGGAUGAAAAUCAUCAUUUAAUACAAUGCAUAAUGGAUUACCAAAGUAAAGGCAAGACAGCUGAAUGCACACAGUAUCAGCAGGUCCUGCACAGAAAUCUUGUUUACUUGGCCACAAUAGCUGAUUCAAAUCAGAACAUGCAGUCACUACUACCUGCGCCUCCUACUCCAAAUAUGUCUAUGGGUCCUGGAGGGAUGGGCCAGAGUGGGGGACACGCUCCAAGCAACCUCAAUGACAACAUGGCACCAGGAUUGCCCCCUACGUCAAUGAUGCAGAGCCAAAUGAGCAAUGGCCCCAGCCACGCUCCCAUGCAGCAGCAGUCUGGUCAGGUGCAGUCGGCUAUCCCCUCCGCAUCCCUCAGCCUCCCGGCUAGCAGCUAUGGUAGCUCGGUGUCUGGCUACAGCCACGCUGCGCCCUCCUCCCAGGCCAGCAUCAUCCAGGGCUCUGGGCCUGGUUAUGGCUCUUCCUCCUCUUCUUCCUCCACGCCCUCAUCCUCUUCCUCCUCCUCCUCCUCCUCCUCCCGCAGCAACCUCAACAUGCAGUCCAACCAAGUCUCCAUGAUGCACCAACAAUCCACUCCACACUACUCCUCAGCCCAGGCUGGGGGCCCACACUAUCAGGGACAGCAGGCCAUGAGCAUGAUGGGUCAGGGAGGUCAAGGAAACAACAUGAUGACUCAGAGGCCCAUGGGAUCCUACCGCUCUUCCCAGCAAGGAUCUGCACAGCAGUACAUGGGACAAGACGAGUUCUACGGAGAGCAGUAUGGACACACUCAGAGCUCCAGCGAGCCCAUAAACCAGAAGUAUUACCCUGAUGGUCAUGGGGAGUAUUCCUAUCAGCAGUCUUCAUAUGGUGAGCAAGGCUACGACAGAUCGUUUGAUGAGUCCUCGCAGCAUUACUAUGAAGGAGGUAACUCUCAGUACAGUCAGCAGCAGGCCCAGUAUCAGCAGAGCUCUGGCCAGCAGCAGCCUUUCAGCCAACAGCAGUACUCCUCUCAACAAGGCUACAGCGGGCAGCCACAGGGAUACGGUCCUGGCCAGGGGGGAUCAUCUCAGUAUUCUCAGUAUCAGCAGGGUCAAAACCAACAGUAUGGAUCCUACCGCUCUUCCCAGGGAGGCCCUGGAGCUCAGGCGCAGAGGACCUACACCUAUGAACAGGGUCAGUACGGAAAUUAUCAGCAGUAA